UUCUUUGUUGCAGGUUACAACAUCGUAUUCGUAACUCUUAAGUCGUAAUAAUUGUCAAUUUCUAUGAUUUCACAUUAUAAUUUACUAUACAAAUUAUAAUAUAUACAUAAUAUAGUAUUUUACUAUUUACAAAUAAUUUUAAUUUAUAACUUGAAAUCAUAUCAGUGUUUUGCUAGACUUGUGUCAUUUUAUACCAUUUAUUUAGUGUCAAAUCAUUAUAAAUUACAAUCUUGUGUAAAUUGCAACAUAUUUUCUUAUUCAUACAAAUAUCUAACCCAUAUGCCAUAAGAUGGAUGCAAAGAAACAACAGACAGUUUUGCCCGAAGAGGAGUAUUUAGAGAGUAUUGGUAAAAUUAUAGAAAGAGAUUUCUUUCCAGACUUGGAAAAAUGGAAAGCCCAAAAAGAUUAUUUAGAUGCAGUUCAACAAAAUGAUACAAAGAAAUUAAGAGAAAUAUAUGAAAAGUAUAGUUUAAGCAAACGAUUGCUUAUUGAACAACCAGAUGCUAGCCCAGAUACAUUUGAAACGCCACAGCCAACUAAAGGACCAAUGAGUAGUAGAACUGUUGAUCCUACAGAUUUAGAUGAUGGCAAACAUGAUGAUUCUAGAUCAAAAGACACUGAAAUUAUUGGAUUGGACAAAUUUUUAAGCAAUACUACAAGUGAAGAUAAUCAUAGUUUUAAUGAAAUCAUUAAAGAAGCGGAAAUUCAAUACAAAAAAAAGAAUGCAUGGUUAUUUGAGGGUGAAAAAAAAGCAUUAGAAAUGGUUGAUAAACUUGAAGUGCCUUCAAUUGAAAGUCAAGCAUCUAAUACAGAACGUGCAUUUAAUUUAGAUUCCUGGGCAUUUAAAAACAAAAACUUUAUUAUGUAUAUUCCUGAUGGAGUAACAUUGACAAAAGACGAACUUAUAAAUAUGGCAUCCAAACGACAAAAAAUUGACCAUUCUAACACGAGACUCAAAUUAAAUCCAUUUGACGAAAGGCAUAACAAACAACAACUAUGCAGUUUAGCACACAUGCAAACAAGACAAUUGGAUGGAAAAAUUGGAGUUGAUGGCAAAGAAUUAACGUCUAAUACCCCUAAAAUUAAUGGAUAUGGAUUUGUUAAAACUCCAUCACCUGCUCCUGGUGUUAAUCAAAGCCCACUGAUGACCUGGGGAGAAAUUGAAGGUACUCCAUUCCGUUUAGAUGGUAGUGACACCCCACUGACUCCUCAUAAUUCUGGUCCUAUUUUCAAAAUACCUGAACAGCCCAAACGUGAAAGAUUAGCACACGCACUUGCUGAAAAAGCUAGUGAAGGUCAUAGAAAUAAAAAAAUUAGAGCUCUGGAGACAGCCAGAAAACAGUUAUCUACACCAUCGCCUUCUAAUUUAAUGAGUAGUCCAUUGGAUCGAUUGAAUUCUAUGUCACCAGCAGCUCAAAGACUUAUAUGUAACCGUAUAAGUAGUGAUAGAAGAAGAGAUGCUGCAUUAAGAGCAUCUUAUAGUCCAUCGCCACAUACAACUCCAUCUGGAUCGCCAUCAAUUUCUGGAUUAAAAAGCAAUAUUAAAAAAUCUACACCUACUAAUCAGAAAAAACCAUAUGAAUUACCUAAAAACCUUACUGAUAACUUAUUGAAUAUCAAUGUUUCCAAACGUUCAAGAGCUGUAGAUUUCUUUUAAAUAAUUUGAAACACAAGUUAUGUUUUUGUACUGUGUUGUUAAUAUUUAAUUUUUAUUUUCCAAAAAGUUUGAUACAGUAGUAUUAAAUAUUGUAACAUUGUCUGCAUCUUGUUCGACAAAUGAUAUUGAUAUACUGAAAUAAUAAAUUGAGAAUCUAGUUAUAUAUUUGAAACAUUGAAUUUUUAUAAAUAAUAAUUGUAUAUGCUUAUACUUCUUAUUGGUUAGGUUUAAAUUAUCACUAAUGUGUUUUACAAGUUUUUCGGCAUGUAUAAUAUUUUGUUCAGGACUGAUUUUUCCAGAACCGCGUACUAGUUUUAAUGUUCCUAAGACACACGGACCAUCUAACCCAUACCAAUAUAUCUCUUGAUCAGGAUUUAUGUGCACAACACAAAACUAUAAUUAAAAAGUGAAAUGUACAAAUUAAAAUAGGUAUUAAUUAAUAUCUCAAGUUCUUAACAAUAAUUAGGUGUAUAUAAUUUAAAUUGUACAUACUGUUUUAUAAUAAGAUACUAAUAAAUGUUAAAUUAACACCUUUAUUUAACCUUCUAAAUUGUGAUUUAAAAAUCAUAUCUAUUAACUAUUAUAGUAAUUUACACAAUUAUUGUUCUUUUUUUUUAAAUUUAUAAUUUCUUAACUAAAUCACAAUGUUUUUUGUUAAGAUAUACCAAUUAUAAUACUAUUUUAUCUCAACAAUUAA